AUGUCAUCAAAUGAGUUUAAAACCCCUCUCAGCACUAGUAUUGAAACUAAAAGAGAUCAAUUAAAAAAAAGAAAAAGAAAAGGCUAUAGUAUGACCAUCCUAUCAGAUCUAUCAUAUGAUCCUGCAAAUAAUGGUAGCGAAAAAAACAAAAAUAAUGAUGAUACCAUUUGCACAACCAAUGGAAAACAAGUCUCAACAACACCGAGCAAAAGUCGUCAACAAAAUAACCCAUAUUAUACUUCCAAAAAUAGUUUAUCGAGAAAAAAUUCUUUGGUAAAAAGCCCUACUCCAAGAACCACAAUGAAUAAAUUGCAAAGAAGAAAUAUAUCUCCAUUACACAUAUGCACAAACAACGUUGAUAGCAAUAUGAGUAGCAAUAGCAUUUCCCAUAAAGAAUACACUUCAUUAUCUUCACCAUCUGGGUCCACAACGCUUCAUUUUUACUCACCAACUUCUUCCACAUGCAGAAAUAACAGUAUUACUGGUAUGUCAUCAACCGCCAGUAGUCCUCGAAUAAUUUCACAGGGAUCUUCUAAUGUGCUUAAUGAGGAUAAUAUAAACGCAGAUAACAUUAAAAUAUUGUUAUUGGGUGAUGCAGGUGUAGGGAAAACAGCCUUGAUUUUGAGAUACUGUAAUGAACUACGAUUUAUAAAAAAAAAGCCAUCAUCCUCCUUUGCUUACAAUGAUCUGUAUAACAACGAUAAUUAUCAGCUACCGAAAAUCGACGAAGGCAAAUCAUCUACCCAUAGCGGAAAAUUGCGAAAUAAUAUAACUUUUGAUAAUACUCCCACUACCAAGGAGAAAAAACUCAAGACAUUAACCAGAAAACAAAAAUGUUAUUCCUUAAAUGAUUACGAAGAAUUAUUUAUAAACCAAUCAGACGUCUUGAAACAAUUCAAUAACGACGAAAACGACGAAGACGACGAUGUUUGGGAGUUAAGUACCCAAUCUACCAUAGGUCUAGAUAUCAAAUCCCAACUAAUUAAUUUAGACAAUAGGUUUUUCAAAAUUUUAUUUUGGGAUACAGCGGGCCAGGAACGUUUUAGACAUUCAUUAAAUCCAUUGCUCUACAAAAAGACUCAAGGUUUGGUAUUAGUUUAUGAUAUCUGUUCCAUUGCUAGUUUAAAUAGUUUAAUGACCUACUGGAUACCAGAGUGGAUUAAAAAUAAUCCAGGUAUUAUAUGUAGAUGCUUUUUAAUUGGGAAUAAAGUCGACUUGUAUAAGAAAAGACAAGUCACUCACGAAACCGUUUUGAAAUUUGUUCAUGAAGCGGAGAAUAGUUAUAAAAAUACACUGUUUAUUCGUGGAAAUUUCGAAAUUAGUUGUAAAUGGCAAAAUAAUGAUGGGGUAGAACAAUGCUUCAGUAGAAUAAUUCAGGACCUAGUGAGCCAUGGGUGUUAUGAUGUUCAGGCGAAACCCACUAAUGAUUAUUUGAUGUUGGAUGGUGUAAAUGGUGAGACAAGUGAUGAUGCUACUUUGGUGACAAAGACCAUUGAUCUGGUUAAACCUCUUUCGCACAGUAGUACUAGCGAUAACAAUGCCAGUAGGAGUAAGUGUUGUUAA